UUGAAGACCAGAAAUUGCAACUUACUGAAUUUUAAAUUAAAAAAAAAAAAAAAAAAAUUAAAUUUGUCCGGCUGUGGAAGAUGGAUCCUCAUUUUUGCAGCCACUUUGAAUCACAAGUUCAUCUUUAAAUGCACUGGGUUUUUUGUUGUUUUUUCCUUUUUUUUGGUUUUUUUUUGUUUUUUUUUGAAGAGCUAAUUAACCCUGGCUGUCUCCAGUCUGACAGUAUCCAAACGGACUUGCUUCCUCCAUUAGUUGUAAGAUGUUUAAAAGCACAUCCUGUAUUUGAAUUGUGGAUGAGAGGUUCCCUUGGCAAUGUGAGGAGGAAAAUUCUUCCUACCCCUUUAUUAUUAAUUCACGGAUUCAGUGUUGGUUCGGCCUACAGGAGAAGUUAACUGGAAGUCUUUGAAGAUCGAUAUCUUUGCUGAAGUUGCCCAGGGUUACUUUUAAAAAGAAGAUUUCACUGAUCAAGCCAGUAGAAGACUUUCAGUCCAAGAAAGAGUGAAGCCAGCUCUUGCCAAGAGUGGAGGAAGUCCCUGCUGAUCGAGCCCUUAGAACCUGAGCUUGUUCUAGGAAUUUGUUCAUUAUGUCUAACCAAGGAGAUGACUGCUACUUCUAUUUCUAUUCCACGUGUAACAAGGGAGACAGCUGUUCCUUUCGCCACUGUGAAGCUGCUCUGGGGAACGAAACAGUCUGCACGCUCUGGCAGGAGGGUCGCUGUUUCAGGAACAUCUGCAGAUUCAGACACAUGGAAAUCGAUAAAAAACGCAGCGAGAUUCCUUGCUACUGGGAGAAUCAACCAGUAGGCUGUCAAAAAUCCAACUGUGCUUUUCAUCACACGAAAGGACGUUACGUUGAUGGACUCUUCUUACCGCCGAGCAAAACUACGCUUCCAAGUCCACCUGAGUCUGCAGAAGACGAUGUGAAAUUGGCUCAGAUGUCACUGCAGCAAAACAAACUUUCUGUUCAGUCAAAUCCCUCUCCACAGCUGAGGGGGGUGAUGAAAGUGGAAAACUCUGAAAAUGUCCCAAGUCCUACACAUCCUCCAGUUGUAAUCAAUGCUGCAGAUGAUGAUGAAGAUGAUGAUGACCAGCUUUCUGAAGAAGGAGACGAAACUAAAACACCUGCCCAGCAACCAACUACAGAAGCCCAUAAUGGAUUGCGGAUAAUUUCCACUAGGAAAUCCAGUGCUAAUACAAAGCAAGACGACAAUUUAAAUUUUGGAAUAAAAACACUUGAAGAAAUCAAAUUGAAGAAACUAAAGGAAAAAACAAAAAAACAAGAAGGUCCUUCAGGAGUUUCUCUUCACCCACUUCAGUCUCGGACUAUUCCUGUGCCAGAAAAGGAAAAUGUUCGGACAGUAGUGAGAACUGUGACUCUGUCUACAAAGCAAGGGGAGGAGCCUGUGAUUCAACUGAAUCUUGCUGAGAGACUGGGAAAACGAAAAGCAUCCACAGCUGGUAAAAGUGUCGUUCCACUAAAGCGCAGCCUUACUGAAAGGCUAGGGAAGAAGAUGGAGGUUCUGGAGAAUGCUGACAAAGCACCAAAGAGAGUCCAAGUCCCCAAGUCUCUGAAGGAGAGGCUGGGAUUGUCCUCUGAACAGACCAGUACAGAGACAGAGAAGGCUGCUAAGCCAACAGGGGAGAUCCAUGUGAAAACACUGGAGGAAAUUCGUCUUGAGAGAGCUACUCAGAGACGAGGAGAACCUCAAGCAAAACCCCAGACUGAAGGACGUUGUAAAACAGAAGAUCCCAGCUCCGGUGCAAGACCUUCACCUCCGGUUCGCAUCAAAACUUUCUCAGGAGCCCUGGCUGAAAAAAACCAUAAGCGAUUGGAAGAAGAGAAGCAAAAACCAGAAGAGUUUCCUACCAAGACAAAAGUUGAGAGUGAGCCCAAGAAGCAAAGCAUACUUGCUCCAUCUGUGCCCAGCAAAGUGCAGCUGGCAGAGCUGACAAGUAAAGCCAAGCCAGCAGGAGAAGUGCAUAUUAAAACCUUGGAAGAAAUCAAGCAGGAGAAAGCUCUGCGGAUGCAGCAGAGUGGAGAAAAUGUGCCAGCACCACCAGCACAACCUGAACCUGCCCCACCAGGGAGGAGGUUGUUACGGAUCACAAAGCUAAUAGCACCUGGAAGAGAAGAAAAGAAGAUAGUGGAAUUGAGCAAGACUUCUCCCAAAGCUGUCUCUGCAUCUGCAGAGCCCUCUGAUCACAGUGCAACUAAUUCUAAAGUUCAAGUGAAGAGCCUUGAAGAGAUAAUGAGAGAGAAACGGCAGCUGAAACAACGCCAAGAAGAGAAGCUUCAGAAGGAAGCAGCUGCUGUGCCAUCUCCCAUUGAAAAAGCAAUCAAGGAUAAAACUCCAGCAUCAGGGAGCCCGGAAUCCAGUGUGGUUUCAGGGUCAGCCUGUCAACUUGCGAAGAGGAUAUUGGUGAAACCUCGGGAGGAUGAGGUUGAAAGCCCAGGGAAAGAUGCUGCACUAUCACCAGGGAAACAGGCAGCUCAGCUUCUGGAACGGAAAGCUAAAACCAAAUCCAAGGUGUGUCUGAAGCCUUUGGAUGGGAAAACCACCUCCCCCACAAAGCAGACACUGAAACGUAAGGCAGCUGAGAGCCAUCCCUCCGCUGUGGCGGCUGUGAAACCAUUGAGUGCUGCUGGUGGUGACACGAAGGAGCCUUCAGCUAAAAAAGCAGCUGUGGCUGUUGUUCCUGCUUUGCCAGAGGACAACCUGGUGUCCAUACCUGGGAGAGAAAAACCCAAAACCAGUCCUGAACUGCAUGUUGGAAGCCAGGCAGACUCUGUGGCACAGUCAGAGGUCUCAAGCUCAACUUCAGCUUCUUCACAAGUAGCAGUAAAGACGCGCCGGUUGAGCUCCACAGGGGCUGGGAAAGCACCCUUGUCUGUAGAAGAUGACUUUGAGAAGCUUAUUUGGGAAAUCUCAGGUGGCAAACUGGAAGCAGAAAUUGACCUGGACCCAGGGAAGGAUGAGGAUGAUCUCCUCCUGGAACUUUCUGAAAUGAUUGACAGCUGA